GGUAAAUGGCAGUAAGCUCCUAUUGGAGUGCUUAGUGGAAUUUGCCGCGGUCGUCGGCUGCCAGUUGCCUAGUGACGAAAAGUUCUACCAAUGGUUUCCUGUCUUUUCAAAAUCCUAUUUUCCCAUUAGGCUUGUGUCCAACUUUUUAUCCAAGGCAUUUUUUGGGUCGGUUUUACGGGUUCCAUAUGGGUCAUGUUAACACGUAUCCUCGCGGAGCAAAUGCUGAGGGGCGUCCGUGUUGACCGGCCCGGUUAUGAAGAGCCUUGAAGAACGAUGGAUAAUUAUAUUUUUAUCAGAGUAGUUGGGAAAGGGAGCUACGGGGAGGUGAACUUGGUGAAGCACAGAACAGACCGAAAACAGUAUGUCAUAAAAAAGCUCAAUUUAACCACCUCCUCAAAACGGGAACGUCGGGGUGCAGAGCAGGAGGCGCAGCUUUUGUCCCAGCUGCGACAUCCCAACAUCGUAACAUAUAGGGAAUCCUGGGAAGGGACAGACCUCCAACUUUACAUCGUGAUGGGCUUCUGUGAAGGCGGCGACCUCUAUCACAGACUCAAACAACAAAAGGGCGAGCUGCUACCAGAGAGGCAGGUGGUGGAGUGGUUCGUUCAGAUUGCCAUGGCGCUUCAGUACCUUCAUGAACGGAACAUUCUUCAUCGGGACCUUAAAACACAGAAUAUCUUCCUGACAAAGACCAACAUCAUCAAAGUUGGGGACCUCGGUAUCGCACGUGUAUUGGAGAACCAGAAUGAUAUGGCCAGUACACUUAUCGGGACACCUUACUACAUGAGUCCAGAGCUCUUCUCUAAUAAACCCUACAAUCACAAGUCUGAUGUAUGGGCCCUGGGUUGCUGUGUGUAUGAAAUGUCUACACUAAAACAUGCCUUCAAUGCCAAGGAUAUGAACUCACUGGUGUAUCGCAUUGUCGAAGGAAGGCUCCCACAGAUGCCAAGUAAGUACGACCCCCAGCUAGGGGAGCUAAUCAAGAGCAUGUUGUGUAAAAGACCGGAUGACCGGCCAGAUGUCAAACUUAUCCUGCGGCAUCCUUACAUCAAAAGACAAAUUGCCAUGUUCCUGGAGGCCACCAAAGAAAAAACUACCAAGUCAAAAAAGAAAGUUGUUGGUGGCAGCGGGUACAUCAGCAGCAACGAUGUAGCCAAUGUGGCACUGCCUCAGCCAAAACCAGAGCCACUCCCUCCAAAUCCUCAGCUGGAAAACAUUCCCAGGUUGAAACAAAAAGACAAAUCACAGCACCUCAAAAAUCUCAAAGGUCCCACAGAUUGCAACCCGCUUGAGAUAACUCCGCUCCCUAAGCCGUCCUCACCUGAUGCUCUCAAAAGCAGCAUCACAUCCAUGGCAAGCAUCAGCAACGUCCAAGUUGACGUGUGUCCACAGCACGAUGCAGACGCAGUAAAGAUCCCAUUAGACACACCUCAAUUGGCUGUGGCACAGCACCAGGUGAAGAAAAAGGAGCCUUUGCCCCCUCCUAUGCAUGUUAAGCCCCCACUGAAGCCUGUAUCAGCAGCUGGCAGGAGGAGAGUAGAUGACAGGAAUGUAUCAAAUGGAUUUUGUCCAUUUCGGGACACCUUUUCAUUGUUUGAGAAAAAGGUGGGAGCUAAUGAUAAAAAAGAUGACACAAUGGAGCUCCUUAAAGAAGCUAACAUGUCGAACUGUAAAGUAGAAAUGGAGCAAGGAACAUGUUUGGAGAAGAGAUCUGCACAUAGAAUCACCUUAGAAAAAAUAGAAGAGAAGCCUGAGUGUAAAAAUAAUUCCUUCAAUCCUCUCAACGGAGCUCAAACAGGACAUGGAGACGCACAAGAUAAUUUGGAGUCCACGGACAAGUUGCUGGAACCAUUCCCUCCAACACUUGACCCUCCUGAAGAGAAGGUUCCCUUACAAAUCAACUCACAGAGUGUAACCGCCCAAGAACCUACUGUCUCACUGAAAUACAGUGGGCGGGAGAUAAAACAGACAAAUUGUGAUCAGCAAAAGACUAAAGCAGCAUCUUGCCGACCUUUGCCUCCACGUCCUGUCGAACCAUUAUUAGAAGAGAGGAAGAGAAGCACAGAGAGCAAGAAAAGGAAUGAGUGUGUGACAUCUAAAUCUUGUGGGGCUGGAUUAUUUAAUCUGCCAAAGGAGCGGCCGCUAUCUGCCAGAGAGAGAAGAAGAUUGAGGCACUCCCAAGACACUACCAGCCAAUCAGGUGCUGUAAGGGUAUGCCAUGAUGUCCCUGGUUCCAAGGCCCGACACCACAACACUCAAAUUGCCGAGUCUGUGUCAGAUGUUAUUACUCAGAGCAAUAAGCAGGGAAAGGAUGAAGAUGAGUACAGCUCAUCUACAAGCUCCACAGAGCAUGCAGAGGGAGACUGCAGGGAAAGGAGAGCCGAAACCAAAGACAUACAGGAUUUAGUCCAGAUGAUGACCCAAACUUUGAGGAUGGUGGAAGGAAACGAGGUGGACAAACAUGAAUCGGGUUGUACGUUGUUGCCAGAAUUCAAACUGAACAAGAAGUACAGGGACACCUUGGCGCUUCACGGCAAGUCUCGACAGGAAGCAGAGAACGUAUCACUGGGGGAAAUCCCAAUAGGCUCUACGUCAGGUCCAGACAAGAUCAGGAGGGCCAUCGAACUCCUGAGAACUGAUGUAGUGAAGGGCCUGGGGGUCAAGCUCUUGGACAAAGUCCUGGAAAUCAUGGAGGAGGAGGAUGACGAUAAACUAGAAUUGUGCCUUCGUCAGCAGAUGGGCGAUGAAAAAUAUCACGUGUAUGCGGUGAUGGUGAGACAACUGAAAUUCUUUGAAGAGAUCGCCUUCAAGGUUUAGAAAAUAAUAGUAAAAAAAAAAAAAAAAACCACCACCAGUGAGGCAAUUGCCAUUGACAAGUGCCACUUCCUAUCUAUAGAUAAAAAUUCUCAUUUAUACCUGUUUCUGCUACUGUUGUAUCAACACCAUGAGAAACAGUUCUAUGUAAAUAAGUGUACAACAUUGUUUAUAUCCUUUGUUAUAGUUUAGUAUUUUUCCGCUGUCUAUGCAAACAUUCUCAUUAACUUUUGAAGGACUUCACAUAUCUUGCUGUAAUGGAGUAUUUAGUUAAUUUAUUAAUAGAGCUAGAAUAUUGAAGAUUUUAUCUGUAUUGUAUCUUCUAAAGGUGUUUUUUUUUUACACAAUGUAGAGAUGUAUCAAUAGAUUUUAACAAUAAAAUUAUUUCUGA